AUGGCUUCCCCUGCUCCCCGCCGGGCCCGGCGCAGAGCUCGAGCCGCGCCGCUGGCCGGGGCGUGGGCCCGCUCGGCCGAGGACUGGUGGUGGGAUCGGCUAGCGCCGAGUGGCUCCGGGUAUCACCUGCUGCAGUCGGACAGCAUGCUACUUGUGCUGCCAGGCCCAGGGCCCGCCCGCCCCCGCGCGCAAAGGCGAGCUGCUCGUCGCCCUCAGCGGCAGCUGCCCCCGGGUCACCGUGCCCCGGCUGCCAAGCCCAAAGCCAGGUUCAGGCCUGAGCUGGCACCCGCGCCCGCUCCCGAGCAAGGGCCCGAUGCAGGCUGGGGGGACCGCAUUCCUUUGGAAAUCCUGGUGAAGAUUUUUGGACUGCUGGUGGCGGCCGAUGGGCCUAUGCCUUUCCUCAGCAGGGCUGCGCGAGUGUGCCGCCGCUGGCAGGAGGCCGCCUCCCAACCGGCACUCUGGCACACCGUGACCCUGUCGCCCCCGUUGACUGGCCGCCCUGCCAAGGGCGAGGUCAAGGCGGAGAAGAAACUCCUUGCUUCCCUGGAGUGGCUUAUGCCUAAUCGGUUCUCACAGCUCCAGAGGCUGACCCUCAUCCACUGGAAGUCUCAGGUACACCCUGUAUUGAAGCUGGUAGGUGAGUCCUGUCCUCGGCUCACCUUCCUCAAGCUUUCAGACUGCCAUGGUGUGACGGCUGACACCCUGGUCAUGCUAGCCAAAGCUUGCCACCAGCUCCACAGCCUGGACCUACAGCACUCCAUGGUGGAGUCAACAGCUGUGGUGAGCUUCUUGGUGGAGGCUGGAUCCCGAAUGCGCAAGCUGUGGCUCACCUACAGCUCCCACACAACAGCCAUCCUGAGUGCUCUGCUGGGCAGCUGCUGCCCCCAGCUCCAGGUCCUGGAGGUGAGCACCGGCAUCAACCGCAAUAGUACUCCUCUCCAGCUGCCUGUUGAGGCUCUGCAGAAAGGCUGCCCCCAGCUGCAGGUGCUGCGGCUGCUGAAUCUGAUGUGGCUGCCUAAGCCUCCUGGGCGAGGGGUGGCUCCCGGCCCAGGCUUCCCCAGCCUGGAGGAGCUCUGCCUUGCCAGCUCCACCUGCAAUUUUGUGAGCAACGAGGUCCUGGGCCGCCUACUCCAUGGCUCCCCCAACCUGCGCCUGCUGGAUCUUCGUGGCUGUGCCCGUAUCACACCUGCUGGCCUGCGUGAUCUGCCAUGUCGGGAGCUGGAGCAGCUUCACCUGGGCCUGUAUGGCAUGUCAGAUCGGCUGACUUUAGCCAAGGAGGGCAGUCCCCUGUUGACCCAGAAGUGGUACCAUACCCUGCGGGAACUGGACUUGAGUGGCCAGGGAUUCAGCGAGAAGGACCUGGAGCAGGCCCUAGCUGCCUUCUCAGGCACUCCUGGGGGCUCACACCCAGUCUUGUGCUCCCUUAACCUCAGGGGUACCAGAGUCACACCAAGCACAGUCAGCUCUGUGAUUAGCAGCUGCCUGGGCCUGGUAUACCUCAAUCUGGAGUCCUGCCGCUGCCUUCCCCGGGGCCUGAAGCGGGCCUAUCGGGGCCUGAAGGAAGUUCAGUGGUGUCUGGAGCAGCUGCUCACCAGCCCCUCCCCCAACUAGGCUGCUACAGACCCUGGGAACCUCAGCCAGCCUGCCCUACCCUGUACCUUUGAGCAUUUUGUUACAAUAAAACAUUUUUUAGGAA